AUGAAUUCAACAUCCAGUGGCAUAUCCAAUGCUCUUGAACUACCUGGAAAAUCAUCUGAGAUGGAGAAGGGGCAAGUGUCCGAGAGCAGCUUGACUUCUGCUGCUGCUUUUGUGGAAGGUGGAAUCCAAGAAGCAUGUGAUGAUGCUUGUAGUAUAUGCCUCGAAGCUUUUUGUGAUAGUGAUCCUUCCACGGUGACGAGUUGCAAGCAUGAAUUUCAUCUCCAAUGCAUUCUCGAGUGGUGCCAGAGAAGCUCGCAGUGCCCUAUGUGUUGGCAGUCCAUCAGCUUGAAGGAUCCAAGCAGCCAAGAACUGCUCGAUGCUGUUGAGCAUGAGAGGAAUAUGCGUAUGAAUCCACCAAGAAAUACCACUAUAUUUCACCAUCCAACUCUUGGAGACUUUGAGUUGCAGCAUUUGCCGGUUAAUGCAACGGAAUCCGAACUCGAAGAAAGAAUUAUUCAGCACUUAGCGGCUGCUGCAGCAAUGGGUCGGGCCCGCCAGCUGGCACGGAGGGUAGGGCCCCACAGGUCCUCGGCUCAAGCCCGUCCUCAGUUCUUGGUUUUCUCGACAAAUACUAAUGGAAAUAAUCCCUCUUCUGCCUCGGCCCGUACCCAAGAGAGAGAAGGGAGUUUUGGGCCUCCUGCUGUGAAUUCUCCUUUGGUUAUUUCAGGUGAAGAUGCUUCACGGCCCGUCGGGCCACCUUCACCUGUCCAAACAGUGGCAAAUGAACACGGAACUUCUUCUGGCUAUAGGUCACCUAUCCGGACUUCUCCCGGAGGUCAAGAUAGAGCUGGGCCAUCCGAUCUUCAAUCAUUCUCCGAUAAUCUAAAAUCACGUCUUAGUGCAUUGUCAACGAGAUACAAAGAAUCAAUCACUAAGAGCACUAGGGGUUGGAAGGAGAGACUUUUUGCUCGAAAUAACUCAACGCCCGAAAUUCCCCUAACUACUGAAAUUCGUCAAGAUUCGGCUGGUCAAGGUGUUGCCACUGUGUCCCGAAUGAUGGAUCAUCUUGAAAUAGCUGAAGUUGCUCGAGCUAGUAAUGCUUCUGUGUCGAUAAAUCUCGAGGAUAGCUCGAGUACAAAUGCUACUGGACACCAAGCAAUUGAGUCGAGCAAUUUGAGUUUGAGUGAGGACACAUCAUCACAAGUUCCGAGUGCUGCCGCUAGUUCAGAAUUACAGUGA